AAAAAAAGCACUCUCUCUCCCUCUUCCACCUCUCUCUCUCUCUCUCUACUCAUUCUCUCUCUAACACCUUCCUUUCUUGGCUCUUUUAUUUUCUUUGUUUGCACUCAUUCCCCACACCACACCGCAUCAUUCUCGGAGCCCAAAAAUCAUCAGGGCACACAGGCUCGAAGCAAUCUCUCUCUCUCUCAAGCAAGAGGGUCUCAACUUUCACAGAAGUGUUUAUAUUCGGAUAAUGCGAACGGAUUUACCAUGAUCUGUUGUGCCACCCCUGUUGUUAGCAAUUGGGGUUUUGUUCUCAAUCGGUGAACUUGAAGUUACCGAGGGAUUGGACAGAAUUGGCUUGAUCGAAAUCAGGAUACAUGGAGGAAAGGAAACUGAACUUGAAUGCACCUUUUCUGUCCGUCAGGCGGAUUGCUACAACACCGGUGAUCGCAGAUAGAGAGAAAGAGAAGAUAGUGCAGAGGCCCGAUGGGCGGCACAGUCUUCCUCCUUAUAAAUCAGACUUUUGCUUGGAGCAGGUGACAGAACCGGUUGCAGUUCCUUUUCACUGGGAGCACAUCCCCGGAAAAGCCAAGGAAGGCAAAGAGGCAGAGGCUACAGAGGAGGUUUCGGUUACUCCUAGGCUUCCCCCCGGAAAGCUUAGAAAUGUUACAAAGCAAAGUUCGGAAAGGGAUCAUGGAGAUCAAAAUGGGGCAAGAUCACCGCACUUUAAUGCGUAUUCUACGAAGGAAAAUGUGAAGGAAUUGAAGUGCUCAAAAGAGGUAAUGAACCAGAGAGGAGCCUCGGAAUUAGAGGACGAGGAUGAUAUUUAUUCGGAUGCACUUGAGACAAUUUCCCCCACGAAGUCUUUCUCCUUGAACUGUAGUGCAAGUUGUCGGAGUCAAUCUGACGGUGCAGAUGCAAAGUCAUCUAUAGCCUCCGCUGUUGAUCCACAAACCCGGGACUUCUUGAUGAAUCGAUUCUUACCUGCAGCCAAGGCAAUGGCUUUGGAGACACCUCAUGCUGCAAAGAAGCAACAUACAGCUGCACCUGAACAGCCAAGACAAAUCACGAGGGUAAUCCGUGAGGAUACAAGGCCCUUACCAAAGGAACAAGGGUCUCAAAUGGAACUGCAACACGGACAAUAUGAAGAGGAAGAAGAAAGUGAAGGGGAAGAUGACGAGUACGAUCCCUCUGGCUCUGUUUCGGCAAAGGGUUGUGGGUUCUUUCCCCGCUUAUGCUUGCGAAAUUCUUUAUGCCUCUUAGGUCCAAUUCCAGGGAUGAAAGUUAAGACUCGGGCUCUCACGUCUUCGUCCUCUGGGGUUGCAAGACCAGAAAAAUCUGCUUAUGGUCGGUCUCUUAGCCAACCACUCAACAAGCAUGCUUGGGAUGCUGCUUGUAAGCGCAAAUCAAACUGUGGAGUCCAAUCAGGUGAAUUGCUGAAGUUGGACAAUAAGAAGGCUGCAGAGUCCAAUCACCUUACACAUUCUGGUGAUCUAAAGAAAGGUAGCUCAUCUCCCUUCAGGAAUUCACGAAGGGCUUGUGUAUCCCCCUACCGGAAUAGAGCACCUUGUGGAGUCAAAUCAGCAGAAUUGCAGAAGUUUGACUACAAUCAGGCUGGCGAAUCCAGUCGCUUUACACUCGUUGGUGAUCUAAAAAGAGGCAGGUUAUCUCCCUUGAGGCAUUCACGAAGUGCUUGCAUAUCCCCCUACCGAAAUGGAGCACCUUGUGGAGUCAAAUCAGCUGAACUGCAGAAGUAUGAGUAUAAGCAGGCCGGUGAAUCCAGUCACUUUACACACUCUGGUGAUCUCAAGAAAGGUACACUAUCUCCCUUGAGGCAUUCACGGACUGAUUGCAUAUCCCCCUAUCGAAAUGAGGCCCCUCAUGGUGUCCAUUCAGCUCAACUGCAGAAGUUUGAGUAUAAGCAGGCUUGUGAAUCCAGUUGCCUUACACAUUCCGGUGAUCUGAACAAAGGUAGGUUAUCUCCCUUGAGACAUUCACGAAGAACUUGCAUAACCUCCUAUCCAAACGAAGCACCUCGUGGAUUCCAUUCAGCUGAGUUGCAGAAGUUUGAGCAUAAGCAGGCUUGUGAAUCCAGUUUCCUUACAAAUUCUGGUGAUCUAAAUAAAGGUAGGUCAUCUCCCUUCAGGCAUUCACGUAGCACUUGCUUAUCCCCUUACCGAAGUGAAGCACCUCGUGGAGUCCAUUCGGCUGAAUUGCAGAAGUUUGAGUAUAAGCAGGUCGGUGAAUCCAGUCGUUUUACACAUUCUGGGGAUCUAAACAAAAAUAGGUCAUCUCCCUUCAGGCAUUCACGAAGUGGUUGCAUAUCCCCCUACCGAAAUGAAGCACCUAAGUCUCCAUUUCCGGGAGCAGGGUUUCUUGGCGUUCCCAGAGAAGAGAAUACCAAAUCCAAUAGUAAGUUCAAUUUGCAUAAAAAAGGUGGUCACAGCUCUCAGGAGGUAACAAGCCAUCAAAGAAAUAAUCAAGGGCCAGGCUCUGAGAGCCCUAUUGUUGAGAAGACGCUGUAUGUAGAUACUGUAAAUGUUGCCAAACUAUCAUAUCCGAAUUCCAGUUCUUUCAAUAGAAAAGAACAAGUAGAUUGUGCUGGUGAAGAUUUUGAGACCCUAAUAAAGAGAAGAGAGAUGGAAGAAACUUUUUCUGCAGAAUCUCCGUUUCAAGACAUCAAAUGCCUGAAUAAUUUCGAGGAUGGUGGCAAAUCAGAAACUGAAGUAUUCGAGUCUGUUGAUGACAAAUCAUCUUCAUUAUGUGACAUACCCCACUUCAAAGGCCAAAUAGUUGCAAUGAAGGACUCUCUGCUGGGAAUUGGUCAGGAAACUGAGGCAUUUAACUAUUCAAACUCUGGUGCUAAUGGAAACCUGGAUACGAAAAGUGGUCAGAUUAUACCUGUACAGUCUCUUCUUCCCCCACCUCUACCAAGAUCACCUUCCGAGUCUUGGCUUUGGUCUACCCUUUCGUCAAUUUCUUCGAGAAAUUCAUUUUCACACACCCAUACGAAAAGGCUGGAAUCGGAGACAUCCUCCAUGAGUACCAAGUGGGAAACCAUUGUAAAAACUUCCAAUUUGCGUCAUGAUCAUAUGCGCUACUCUGAGGAAUUAAUUGCUCAUUUUUCUCAGCAAUCCUAGAGUUAGAUUUGCCCCAGUCUUCCAAAAUUUUCUUUUCUUUUGCUGGCUUCAUUUGAAGAGUUUGUUUGAAGGCGAUCGGAGGUAGCUAACACCGGCUGGCCAAUUUAUUUUUGCGGAGGCUCUCUUCCUCCAAUUGUUUUUGCUCAUUGUAUACUAGAUGAGUGACUUGGUUUUUCCAGAUUUUGCAUUUGCUUUUUUUUAGCCCCAGUUGAGUUCUUCUCUUACAGAUUCCUUGUAAUUGAAGUAAUUCGAAGAUCAAAUGUAUUGGCUUUGAUAUUUUUAGGAAGUUAAUCACCCUAAAGAUGAUCAUUCAUUUACAUUUUGCUACUGAUCAUUAAAAGAUUUGUAUAUUUCAGUUUUGUAGUUUAUUUGCUUGUGUAAAAAUAUUUGAAUUUUAAUGAAAAGCUCCUGGUACUGUUCACUUUAA